GGCCUCUUAAUUUCAUUAAUAGACUAAAAACGGAUAAUGUUGGUGUAACCAAAAUGGCACCAACUAGGCAAAUACCAUCAUUACCAUUUACAUGUACUACAGCAGCAAAUCACAAGAACCAGUUGAAGAAAUGACACGAAUCCCAGUGUACUCUGCAUCGCGAGUAGUACGUAGGAAUUUUCUUGGAAUUCUAGCCCCUAGCAAUGCGUCAAUGUCUGCACGUUUCGCAGCCACACUUUCCGUGAAGGUUGAUGAAGAAAUCCAAUUUUCUUCUCAUCAUUCCUUGUCCAAUCACCUUUCUCGUGCUGCAGCACAUCACGCCAAUGCGAUCAAAGAUGGAUCUUCAGUCCGUAGCCUGCAUGUGCGCAACAGCAUCUUGACCCACUACUUAAAAAGCAAUCUCUUAAACAAUGCCUAUAAGCUGUUCGAUGAAUUUCCCCACAGAGAUGUUCUAACAUGGACGACAGUUUUAUCGAGCUUAGCUCGUUCUGGGUUCUGCCAAGAAGCUAUAGGUAUCUUUGUGAGGGUGCUGAAAGAAGGAACCGUGAUUCCAAACAGAUUCACUCUAUUCGGUGUCUUGAAGUGCUGUUCCAGUGUUAGUGAUGGGUUGAGAAAAGGGAAGUCUCUUCAUGGUUGGAUAGUCAUUCGUGGGAUGUACUUGGAUAUUGCUUUGGAGAAUGCUAUUCUUGAUUUCUAUGUGAAAUAUGAAGCAUUUGAUUGUGCAGAACAGUUUUUCGAAUCGAUGGGCAUAAAAAAUGCAGCAUCUUGGAAUAUAAUGCUAGCCAGGUAUGUCACAAUGGGAGAUAUGGAGAGAUGUGUAGAUUUUUUCUGGAGGAUGGAGUUGAAAGAUGUGUCCAGUUGGAAUACAAUAAUGAGUGGACUUUUGCUGCAUGGGUUUGAGAGGCUUGCAUUGGAUUUCCUCUAUGAAUUUUCAAAACAGCAAGGACCAGGAUCUGCUUUUAACAAGCUCACAUUUUCAAUAUCACUGAAGUUGGUGCCUUCUUUGAUUAGUUUUAAACUAGGGAGACAGAUCCAUGGUAAAGUCAUAAGGGAUGGUAAGCUUCAUGAUGAUUCCUUGAGGACUUCCCUUAUUGAUAUGUAUUGCAAAUGUAAGCAGAUGGACAAAGUAUCAGGAUUCUUUAAGAUUUGAGAGCCCAUUUUAAUAUUAAUACUGCCCAUGUGAGGAGAACCCAUUUAAAAACUCCUUUUGUUGAAGGAAAGUAAGCCUAAAGUUUCACUAAAAAUGGAAAUAAGAAUAAAGAACUUUUGGAGAAUGGUAGAAAAGGAAGAACAUUUAGAGGAUGGAGUAUAAUAGUCGCCCAAGUGAAAGUUUCCUGAAUUGUGCAUAAUCAGUAAUUCCCCCAGGUCAACGGUAAAAUUGAGAUCACAAGAUUCACAGGUCUUCCUGAAAUCUAUAUAUAUAUAUAUAUAUAUAUAUAUAUGUAUGUAUGUAUAUGUAUAUUAUACAUAAGCAGAACCGGUUGGGAAAAACUGUGCCCACCCUUGGACAUCAUGUGCAAACCAUGCGCAAAAACUGAUGCAAUUCCGCAGGGUAGAUGGCAGUUAUGCGGCCUGAAAAUGAUCUCACACGUGUGGAAAGGGAAACUAACAGUGUGUGCGCGGUUAUAACUGCAAGUCUGCAAGUACUUGACAUCUGUACAUGGGACCUUCAAUUCAUAAGUGAUACUCUGGAACAACACCCGACCUUUGUCCCACUAUCAAUAGCUCCAUAAAAAUGAGUAUUUUACACAGUUGAGACUUGAGACGUAAGCGCUAGAGCAAGCUCUUGGUGGCAUCUACAGUGUUCUGAAGCAGAAACUUUGUCCCGUGUUUGAGGAGAUGCAGAGGCUUGGAAUCCCCCUUGACAAUAUCAUGGUACCUUCCUGUUGUCAAAUGUCAAUCGAAUCUUUCGUCUUCUAUCGCACUCUUCAAGCUGCCACGUCUGGGCAGGAAUUCCCACAGUGCGUUUUUUACCAUUGGAAAGUGAUAACAUCAGAUCCAUUAUUAGAGUCAGGAACACAUGAUGCUGAGCUUAUUGUACAAACCCGCAAGAGGAAAGGUCUGAAGCCACAGAUGACACCGCUCUGCGAGUAUGAUGACAUAUAUGUUGAAGGUUUGUCUAUCCUUGAGGCAUGCAAUGUUUGCUCAACUUUUUAAAUUACGGGAAGAGUAAAAACUUUUGUCACACAUUGGUGUGAGUUUUGUGUCGGUUUCAGAUGGGCCUCUCUUUCUACUUGAGUAUAUAUAUUUGUCUGACCUUUCACUUUUUGGUAGUAGAUAAAUACCAGUAUGGCAGUAUACUCCUGCAUCUAUCAUUAGUUAUAUUCGAGAAGUCAAGAACAAAGGGUGAACAUAUGAAGUACAAAAUAUUGGGCCGGCAUUGAAGAGGAUGUUGUGAUCAUGUGGAUGUCCUCAAUGAAAGCAAAUUAACAUGCCACCAAGUUGAAAUGUAUUUGUCACUAUACACGGUAACAGGUAAAUACAUACACUCACUGAUACACAUGAAACAAACUUUGGCUUCAUAAUUUAUUUUCACAAGCUGCUAUGUAGAGCUUACCUAAAUGUCAAUGGUUUGGUUUUCUUUCUUAUGGAACACUUAUUAUGAUUUCACUAUAUAUAUGUAGUGUGUGCUACUUCAUUGUA